AUGCCUUCAGACUUAUCGGCGUACUUGGCUUCAAAAUAUCUAGUUGCGGAUCCAAAACCAGCAAAGAAGCGAAAGCGCAAGCGUGGCGCCGAAGCCAGCAAUGGCCUUCUCAUAACCGACGACGACGAUUCGGGUUGGGGCAAUACCAAUGCGCAAGAAGAGGACGAAGGUCUAGAUGCCCCAGUCACGAUAUCUGGGCAAUCUGCCGAGUUCCGAAAAACUAAGAAGAGUAAUUGGAAGUCGGUAGGGGGCGACGCGACAGGGAAGGAUGACUCUGCGGCAGCUGCAGACGCGAUUCUGGCAUCAGCAGCGGCAGAGCAGAGCGCAGCCCGCGAUGAAGACGAGGAUAUGCCAAUGGUAGAGGAUGAUGGUUCAGCUGUCAAAAUGAGCGAUGGAACGCAUGCUGGAUUGCAAAGCGCCGCAACCGUAUCGGCACAGCUUAAGCGACGACGAAAAGAGGAACGUGAGGAAUUUGAAAAGCAUCGCAAAUCAGCCAAGGAGGAAGAAACAGUAUACCGAGACGCAACUGGUCGAAGAAUCGACGUAUCUAUGAAACGGGCCGAAGCACGACGCGCAGCCGCUGAGGCAGAGGAGAAAGAACGGCUUGCUAAGGAAGCUCUCAAGGGCGAUGUGCAGCUUGAGGAGGCCCGCAAGCGACGUGAGAAGCUUCAAGACGCUAAACUUAUGUCAUUUGCUCGCACAGUCGACGACGAAGAAAUGAAUCAAGAAAUGAAAGAGCAGGACCGUUGGAACGACCCCAUGAUGCAGUUCAUGAGCGAGAAGAAAGACAAAGACAAACAUGGGAAGAAAUCGAAACGGAAGCCGGUAUAUGCCGGCGCAGCACCGCCAAAUCGUUACGGAAUCAAGCCAGGGUACCGCUGGGAUGGCGUUGAUCGCGGCAAUGGAUUCGAGGCAGAGAGGUUCAAGGCGAUCAAUCGCAGAGAACGAAACAAGGGGUUGAAUUAUUCAUGGCAAAUGGAUGAGUAG